AACCGGUUUUGAAACAAAUCAUAGGAAACCGGUUAGGCUUUAUCACUUCUCCCUGCUACUCCGAUGGGAUCAUUUCCUUCCCCUUCACGACCUACCACACCACCGCCAUCACCCGAAUCCAAUGCUUCUAGUUAUCGAGUUCUCGUGGCUUUUUGUCCUAAAGAGGGAGGGUCUAAUACCAACUAUUUUAACUGCAUACAGUGUUACAAUCCGUUUAACAACACAUGGAGCCAUGUCAGCUUAAUUCCUGAUCUGCUAGAAAACCAUGUCUUGAAGGGUUUCGCUAUGGUUUCUCUUGGAGAGUCGAUUUACAUUGUUGGUGGGAGGUUAUGGAACAAACGGAAGCCUCAAACUUCAAGUGAUUCCGGCGAGUCAGUCAAUGUUUGUGUCCAAGUGUCGCCUUUAGUACUUCGAUACAAUGUCCGGUUGGACCAAUGGUCCAAAUGUGCAACAUUAGGUGUACCACGUUACGAUUUUGCGUGUUGUGUUUGUGACAAAAAAAUUUAUGUGGCGGGAGGGAAAUCGUACUUGGACAGUGCUAGAGGAAUUUCGUCGGCUGAGGUCUAUGAUCCUGCCCUUGAUGAAUGGACUCCAUUGCCUAGCAUGAGCAGCUUGAGAUACAAAUGUGUUGGGGUAACAUGGCAAGGGAAAAUUUAUGUGAUGGGCGGUUUCGCCGAAAGGGAAGAUUCGGAUAUAAACUUGCUGACAUUUUCUCCACAGCGUAGCUCUGCGGAGGUGUUCGACACACGAACAGGGGGAUGGGACCUCGCAGUGGGGAUGUGGCAGCUGGAUGUUCCACCUAAUCAAAUCGUUGCAGUGGAUGGCAAGUUGUUCAGCUCUGGGGAUUGUCUGAAGCCAUGGAAAGGUCACAUUGAUGUGUAUGACGGGAAGCAGAACAUGUGGGAUGAAGCGGAUGGAUCUCGUUUCCAAACUCUUAACUUACCAUUCUCCACAAUAAGUGGGAGUAGCAAUGGAAAUUGGGCACCAAUAGAACGGCUUUACUUAACAAUGGCACCGAUCGGAACCCAAUUAUAUUUCCUGGCAGGGUAUCGGGUGCCUGGUGAAUCACCACGAACAGUUUCAAUGGUCUACGCCUUUGAUACAUCGGCAACUAUUGGUGCAUGGAAGAGCUUGGAACCAACGGAGGAAGAAGGCGAAAAAGAACUCUGCAGUCAUUGUUGUGUUUGUUCAAUUCCCGUAAGCAAGUCUUAGCCUUAGCCGUCGAAAGCAUCUUACUUUGCCAUGGCCAUCCUCCUUUAGAUUACUUAGGAUUCUUAUGCUGUUAUAACUGAUAAAAAGGUACCUUUCUGUAGUUGCCUUUGUUGGAUGGUGAAUUAGCAUGUCUAAGUAGCUUAUGUUAUAACAAAUAAGCUAAUGUCGUGUAAAAAUACCAUUUAAUUCUCAUAAAAGCGCAUUUUUUUGGCACGUUUUAAGCCUA